AAAUAACAAAAGAAAAAAAAGAGAGGAAAAGAAAUGGAUCCAUCAAACUGAGUAAAUCGUUUCUUCAAGGUCGAAAUUCCAAAUGACGAUCACCGGAAGAUUAGUAGGAGGCGGAGGAGGAGGAAGACGGCUGCCGUCGCUGAUUCAGAGGCACAACACUAAUCGAUUCCCUAUAAAACUAACCGCUUCUCGCAGAACAUUUCGAUUGAUCAUAAUAGGACUCGCCUUCAUUGCUCUUCUGCCUCCUAUUUUCUUCCACUUCAGACUUCGCAACUUCCAUCAAACGCAAUUAAGGAAGUGUGGUUGGCUUAACAAUCCUCCUCUUGUUUGUGCUCAUGGCGGUGAUUCCGCUAAUGCUUUCCCUAAUUCAAUGGCUGCAUAUGAUCUGGCUAUUCGUUCUCGAGCUGAUUGCAUUGAAAUUGAUGUUUCUCGUUCUUCAGAUGGAGCUUUAUUUGCUCUCCAUGACAGGGAUUUGCAGCGUAUACCUGGUCAUAAUUCCUCGAAAGUUGGUUACUUGAACAUGAAAGAGAUUAAAGAACUACGUGUGCCUCAUAUCUCUGGAGAGGAGUUUCGUGAUCUAAAAGUUCCCAGCGUCGAAGAUGCUUUGCAGGUGAUUUCAAAUUCAGUGCGGCAGAUUAUUCUAGAUGCAAAAGUUGGGCCUCCAUCAUAUGAAAAGGGACUCGCAAAUGAUAUUCUUUCGAUUGUACACAAGGCACAGUGUAAGAAUUGCCUUGUUUGGGCUAAAGGUGACGGUUUAGUCAGGGAUGUCGUCAAACAAUCAACAGAUGUUAUGGCUGGCUAUAUAGUUAUGGUGGAUCCUAAAACAGGCAAUAGAAUGAACUUAUUGAGAAUGAAGAAAGCUGAGGCUGUUGGUGUUUACCAUCCAUUGAUUGAUGAAAAAGUAGUGAGAAUUUUACACGGGAGGAACAAAAAGGUAUAUGCUUGGACUGUCGAUGAUGUAGAUUCAAUGCAAAGAAUGUUGUCGGAGCAUGUAGAUGCUAUUGUCACAAGCAAUCCCAGCCUUCUCCAACGGCUUAUGCAAGAUAUUAGAACGCAAUGUCGUGAAGAAGGUUUUUCUCUGCAGCGAUAAUACUUGUAUCCUUUCAGUUUGAACUCGUGUUAUUUCUACAUGAGCACUUAACAAAUUUAUGAUAGCAGUAACGAUCUCUGUGUAUGGACUCAAGUUAUGUUAUAACUACUUCGACCAAAUAUCUUUCCAUUUUGGCA